AUGGCAGCAUUGACCAAUGCUCCUGCCAGUUGGAACUACACUGUAUGGGACCGAACUGUUCAAUUUGAUGCACCAACAUUGCGCCCAUUGACAACACUCACGACCGCCGAAAUUGAAAGUUUUGAUUUUGGUUUCCAUCAGCCUGAGCCUGUCCAAAGUGUCCAAUCACCCCAGACACAGGCCGAGAAAGAUGUUGACAUGGAUCAUGCAACGCGUGGUAUUGCAUUGAUCAACACAUGGGUUCAUCCAGCUUUGCCGGAUGAGACGAUACAGAAUUGGCAAAAUGAUGGUCUGCUUCCCGAGAACCUCCCUAUUGUUGCAGUUCCGGAAUUUGAGGUCCCAGCUAUCUCAAUUCCAAUUGGUGUUAAUUCACUUAUUACAGCCCCUAAUCUCUCGCCUUCUUCCAUCCUUCGGGCCUCAAUGUCUUCUCCUUUCCGUCAAAUCUUACAGCUACAUGAGCCUCAGUUUGACCCUUCCUACGGUCAAAGUUCGAACGAUUGCACAACGGAUGAUUUGGAGAAACGACUGAUCCAUACGCAACGAUCUGCUUCUCUAGUUGCCCUUCAAGGCUCUCCAGUCACUCCAAUUUCUGCUGCUAAUCGUUCUCCUGUUACCCCGGGCAAUUCUCCUCCUUGGCGCAAUCACACUUAUCUGCCAAGGAGAGGCAUGAGUGACAACCCAGGGACGCCUCGCCGGAGUCCAGUGGCAAACUUCGAUAGCACAUCCAGUGGCCUCUCGGGGGAGAUGAACGACUCGCCAACAAAUAACAUUGUGCGAUCGGUGCCAAUCGAACCCCCUUGCCAACUGAGCCCAUCAUCGACUCAGAGUGCUGUCAGUGGUACUUCACUUGAAUUACCAGAACGUAAUUUGCUGCCACCUUUCUCCCCAAGCGGACUCAAUCUGGAUGAGUCUCGCUCAUCAUCCUCAAUGGAGGACAUCACAGAAAGUGAGGAGGAAGGUCCGGUCGGAAUGACAGAGUGGACGUCUGAGAUGUGGGAAAUUAUGGCAGACGACACUCCGCGCUCGCACGAAGAGCGGCGCAAUGCAUUCGGCCCGGAAUGCAACCCGGGCCGAUGCAAUUGGGCCUCGCAGGCCCAAGAGUCAGUGCCGGUGCCGGUGCCACCGCGUUCCAAUCGCGACCGCGUGCGCAGAGCCCUGCGCAGAGUGACCCAAGGGGUCAGACACCAGUGA